AUGUCGGUGCAUUACACCCUCAACCUGCGGGUCUUCUGGCCCCUGGUGACUGGCCUGUGCACCGCCUUCGUGUGCCUCUACCAUGUCCUGCGAGGGAGUGGGAGCAGCCGGGCCGAGCCCCCCGACGGCGCGGACGGCGGCUUCCCGCUGCUCAAGAUAUCUGUCCUGCUCCUCCUCGGCUACAUCCUCUUACGCUGUCGCCACGCUGUCCGCCAACGCUUCCUGCCCGGGUCUCCCCGCCUGGGGGACCGCUCCGCCUUCCCUCCAAGACACUUCCAGGAGCCGAGCCUCGGCAUCUUGCUGGAGAGUUACUACGAGCACGAGGUGCGCCUGUCGCCACACGUGCUGGGCCACAGCAAGGCACACGUGAGCCGGAUCGUGGGCGAGCUGGUGCGGGCUGGCCGCGCCCGGGGGUCCCCAGGCCCCAUUCCCGGGGGGACACUGGCCUUGGCCUUCCGCGGAGAUUUCAUCCAGGUGGGCAGCGCCUAUGAGCAGCAUAAAAUCCGCCGGCCCGACGCCUUCGACGUGCUGGUGCCGUUGCGCCUGCCGCCGCUGGUGGCGCUGGAGCCGCAGAGCCUGGGAGCCCAGCCCGCUUUGGCCCCGGCCUUUCAUGGCUGCUUUGUGUGUGCACUCAAGGCGCCGCCGGGCACCUCGGGGGGUCACUGGCUCCGGGAUUGCAAACCCUUCGCCGAAGGCUUCUGUGUGGACGUGCGUGGGCGGCGCCACCUCUCGGCCACCCUGGUGCUGCGCUGGUUCCAGUCACAUCUGCAGCGCUCCCUGGCCACAGUGCGCUACAGCCUGGAGGGCCGCUGUCGGGUCACUCUGACCCCCGGCGGCCUGGAGCAGCCUCCCACUCUGCACAUCCUGCCCUGCCGCACCGAUUAUGGCUGCUGCCGCCUUUCCAUGGCCGUGCGACUCAUUCCUGCCGUCCAUUUGGGCGACGGCGUCUUCCUCGUAGCUCCACCACCAACAUCCUUGCCCGUCGGGCCCCUGUCAGAGCUCCCCGGAGGCCUGCGUGCUGAUGCACUGUGGGGCGUGAACACAGCCCGCCAGGAGCAGAAGCUGCUGGGUUGGCUGCAGGAACGGGCCCCUCCGGGUGCCUGCUACCUCAAGUGCCUGCAGUUGUUUAAAGCCCUGCGAGAUCUGGGCGCCCGCGGGCUGGACCCAACGGCGGCCACCCAGUGGGGACGCAUCCUAUCCUCAUACGUGCUCAAGACGGCACUGCUGGCGGUGCUGUUGCGAGAGGGAGCUCCGGAGCAAGGCUGGGAUGAGGCUCACCUGAGCAAGCGCUUGGAACAGUUAGUGCGGUUUCUUCGGGACUGCCUGCUGCAACGCCGGACACUCUUCCACUCUGUCCUGGGCCCUGGCGGGGUGGCAGUCGAAGUGGGCCCACUGCCCAAGGUACUGCGUGAAGCCGCCCCAGUUGACCUCUUGGCUGCUUUCGAUGGACGCGCCCGGGAACUCGCAGCUGCACGGUUGCUGUCCACAUGGCGCAGGCUGCCGCAGCUUCUUCGGGCCUAUGGGGGUCCCCGCUACCUUGCCAGGUGCCCUGCACCCCGGAGUCAGCGAACCCAGGGCUUCCCUAAAGAUGAACCAUAAACCCGACAGUGCCCCUGGCCUAAUGCUCCUAAAGCCUCUCCCACCAGGUGGGGGUGGGGGUGGCAGUGCAGCCCGUCCAACUGCAGGAAGAGGGGCUGCAGAAGGUGUUGGAAAUUUGGAGGAUGACAUUUGAUGGCUUAAAUGUCACCCUUGUGUCAACAAUCCAGUAUACUUGUAGCAUCUUCCUCACACCCACCAGAGUGCCACAGGCAGGCUCUGGUAAGACAUCCAACAGCAGCAGCUAAGAAUUGGUCCAAAUGUUGGUUUUUUGGUGGAAUGAUUUUGUGGAAGGAUCCCUGGUUUUAGGGAAGUCCAGUGAAGGAAGUGAGAACUAGCAGCAGGGAAAGGUCCUUCUGUUGGUUUUUGAGAUGCAUCUCUCUGGCCCUCAAAUUUAAAGAAGUUAAUGUUUUUUUGGUGCAACUAAUUGCUAGGUCCUGGGUUCCUGAUUGACUUUUAAAAUAAUAUGACUAUCUACAACUGGAAUUGAAGUUCUAUUCUAGGGGCUACUCUGCUGAGGAACAUAGUUUCCACUCUUCAAGUUAAUAUUGAUGUAUUUUUAAAUGGUGCAAUCAUGGGUAUUGGAUGGGAUUGUGAAGAAGUCAGUCACACAGGUUGAAAGGCAUUCAGGAGUGGGUUAGAGUAACUUCCAGAGCAAAUAGCACUUUAUUUUGAUAAAUUCUUUUGUUUUGUGGUAAUUGCUAGUGCCAAGUAUUGCAUCUGAAAGGGAGGCUACGUUUGCUACUAAGAAAUGUGCAGUCUUGAAAAGUAGGCUUGCUUUAUUUACAUCCCUACAGGCACACGCCAGAAUGUGUACCAGUCAACACCCAUUCACUACGCACAUCCUGUGAGCCAGCCAGGCACAAUGCAAAGUAGCAUCAAAGUGCAUGUUUAAGACAACACCAGUGAGGGCGGAAAACAUGUUGGGUCUCGAGAAAGAUACAGUCUUUGCCUAUCAAGGUGACUGGGACUUGCUGCUGGCUGGAGACAGAAACCUUUUUUAGUUUUAAGGCUUUUAAGCAAACUCCUUUGCACGAGAUUUCUUUCUCAGUUUAAUGAGAGAAUGAAGAGGAAAUGCCUACUGUAGUGCCUAGCAUGAAGUUAGUGCUCUUACUGCUCAGUAAGGGUUAGUGGUUAGAAAGUUAUUCUCCCAUCGCCCAAGCUGCCUUUUAGUGGUCCUAAGGCAAGUUGGAAGAGUGGUUGUCAGCACAGGUCUUGCAAAGCAUUUCACUUCUGUCUAGUUCAGUAUCUGGGCUCUGUACUUGAAGAUCAGCGACUCCCUGAUAAGUCAGCAAAGGAGAAAACAGUGGAGGAGAGCAAGAGGAGAUGGGUGGAAAUAAAGGGAGAUAGUCCUUGUCAGCAGUCAGCUCUUUUUUUGUCACCAGGUUGGGUGUAUUUUGCAGCUGGGAGGAGCUCAUUCUGAAAUCCCUCCUUGUUCUUCCAAAUUUCUAACAGCCCACAAUUCCAAGUUUAGAAUGGUCCAUCAUAUGCUCGCCUAAUAGAAAAUGCAGUCAGUUCCAGUGUUAUACUUUGGGAUUUUUUUUUUUUUUUAAACAGACAUGUACUCCCUUAGACUCUUAAAGCUAAAACUUGGAAAACAGAAGUAACCACCUGAAUAGGGCCAUUGUUUAAUUUCUGAAUUUUUUUAAGGGAACUCUUUAAACUUUCUUUAGGGGACCUACUUGGCCACUACAGGAAAUCAGUGUGAAUAAAUGAUUUAUAGGAAAUCCUCAUCAGAGCUGUAGAGACUUCUUAUAGCCUUUACAACCUUGGAUGUAAGAGAAACAGUUGCUAAUGUUGUGCUUUCUCUUUGAGGAUGUUUUUGGUAGAGUUCCCCUUGAUACCACAAAGGUCAUUCCUGGCUUUUGAGGUCAGUGUUAGGUUAUAAGGAACUGCAUUUAGCGAAGGGAUCAGUCUACCAACUUUCUGCCAAGAUAUAAACUGCACAGUGCUGUUUGUUUGCUUGUUUUUUAAUCCUCAC